AGAGGCAGCCGACGAUGGUCGAGGAGGGGAUGGAGGCGUCGAGGCUGCUGCCUGCAGACUGCCUGGCGAUCCAGGAGAUAGGAGCCUCCGGAGCCAUCUUUGAUGUGCUUGCAUGGAUUGCACUCCUCUUUACGGCCCUCUUCAUGGCAUUCAAGGCUGUCAAUGCGGAUCCUGUCGUCCGCAAGUUCUAUUACAUAAACGCAUUUGUAUGCGGAGUGGCGUCCUUCUCCUAUUUUGCGAUGAUCAGCGGAAUGGGAUGGGAGACUAUCAUGGGAUGUCGUCAGAUGUUCUACGUCAGAUAUAUCGACUGGUUCAUCACAACACCUCUGAUGAUCUUGAACAUUGGGCUGCUGGCUGGCGAGGAGCAAUGGAUGAUCGCGGCCAUCAUGGGCGCGGACAUGGGAAUGAUUUUUGCUGGUUACAUGGGUUCUGUUGCACUCGUGCCCACUGUCAAAUGGCUUUGGUUUGUCAUCGGGCUUGUUGUCUACAUUCCCGUUGUCAUUGCGCUUGUAAGAAUCUUCCGUCAGUGUGUUCUUGACAAAUAUGACAUGGAUAGAAUCGAACUGUAUGGCAAAGUGUCUUUGCUCACUGUGGUUUCAUGGUCAGUUUAUCCAUUCGUAUGGUUGUUGAGUGUGGGGACUGGCGGAUUGGGAGUUAGCGCAGAAUCAAUCCUCUAUGCAUUGCUUGAUGUUACUUCCAAGUGCUUCUUCUCUUUCAUGAUCAUUCAGAUGGAUGUUUAUGAAAGUGCGUCAGCAGAAACUCAAAAAGAAUACGUGUAACUGGGCCCAGGGUCUUUCACGCAGGCUGCCUCUGUGGUUGUUUUACUGUAGAUUUUUCUCAUUUAAGACUUGGAAUGAAUUCUUAGCUUCAUCAG